AUGAUGACCACCAAUAUUGCCGAGUCUCUCAAUAAAUGCACGAUGAAAGCACGUCGGUUGCCUAUAACGAGUGCACAUGAAUUUCUGAGACAUAUGCUUCAGAAAUGGUUCAGUGACAGACGUGCUACUGCUGUCAGACUCGAAACUGAGAUUACCUCAGCUGCAGUAGCGCAUGUCAACUUUGUCCAUAGCAAAACAUUAGAUCGAGGAUGUAGCGUAGUUCCUAUAAUACACGGGAACAAGUUCCUCGUGAAACAUGCUAAGGAAGGCGAUGGGAUCGUUGACAUUGCUGCGAAUACAUGCAGUUGUCGUAAGUGGGACCUUGAUCAAUUACCAUGUCUUCAUGCAGUUGCUGCUAGCAGUUUCAUGCGGGUGCACUACUAUUCGUUUUGCCAUCCAUAUUACAUCUCAAGAUGGGUCAGAAAAGCAUAUGAAUUUCCCAUCAAUCCGGUCCCUAACAAGUCUGCUUGGGUUAUUCCUGUGCACAUCAGAGGGGUGGUUGUACACCCACUCAUACAAAGAAGACAACCUGGUAGACCGAGAGAGGAUCGGAUUCCAUCCGCUGGGGAAGCUCAUCGAAGGAAAAAAUGUGAAAAAUGCGGUGCACAGGGACACAACCGUCUUGGUUGCCCUAAUGAAUGGUCUUCCUCCAUUGGAGAGUCAAGCACAGCAGCUACUCUAGAAUCAAGAGACGUUGCAAUAUCUACUACAAGGGCUAGUCAAAAAUGCAGCAUUUGCAAAGAGACUGGACACACUCGUCGUCGAUGCCUUGUACGGUUGUUCAAUCCAGGUGAUGAUAACCUUGGCAACAAUGUAAACAAUUAA